AUGGAGCCCGUGGGGGUCUGCAGGUCGUACAGCACCAUGGUGUGCCCUGCCUGCCAACACGCCUGGUUCCACCGCGCCUGCAUCCAGGGAAUGGCCAAGAGCGCUGGGCUUCGCUGCUUCCAGUGCCCUCUCUGCCGAGACAGAGAGGUCUUCAUUCAGGAAAUGAUCAACCUGGGCAUCCACAUCCCAGCCAGAAAACCAAAGUGGGAGAACAACCGUGCCUACGCAUCCCUGGGAGUUAGGCACCGGCGCUGCGAUGCCAGCGACUGCCGUUACCCAGGCGGCAGGGAACAACAAGAGGGAGACGGAGCACACACUGGGCACCAGAGCUGUGCCGGGCGCUCCCUGGCUCAGCUCACUUUGUCCUCACGGCCACAUCCUGUUGUUUUCCCCAGGCCCUGGCAGCUGCUCCUCUGCAGCUCCUGCGCCGCACAAGGCACCCAUCGACUCUGCUCCAACCUGAGUCUGAGCACAACCAGAUGGGAGUGCAACACCUGUGCUGGAGAGGGCAUCGCCUCCAGCACCAAUGCGGACAGCGCUGGCCCCAACACCACCAGCCAGCAGGGACUGGGGCCAUCCCAAGGCCCUACAGGACAGGAGAGCAGCAGCUCUGACACCACCAACCAGGCACCAUCCAGACCAGAUCACAGCUCCCAGGUGCCUGAGCUGCUCUCCGGGCAGACACAGCGGGCCAGGACUCGGAGCCGCUCACCUCUGGACCAUCGGGCUGCAGAGACCAACAGCCAGCCCCAGAGACGCCGCAGGAGCCGGUCCAGGCGGCGACGGCCAGCCUGGGGCCGAAGCCGCUCCCGGGUUCCACGUCGGGCCCGGAACAUCAACCGCCGGCCCCACUGAUGUCAUAGGAGCGGCCGUGUGCCAGCUCCAAUUGCUGUAUA